AAAAGCAAAACGGGAGAAGGAGAACAGAUGGCAGGAAAAUAUCCGAAGGGAAGAGCAGGAGAAAAGGAAGAGACUGGAGGAAGAAAGAAUGCAGGAAAAAGUUCAAGAAAAGCUGAAAGCUGAAGAAGCAGUUGCUUUGAUGAAAGAAAGGGAAAAUAAACAACAGCUUCAUGCAGAGGAGGAGAAAAACAGACAAGCCACGAUCUUGAGAGAAACAGAACAACAAAGACAGAGACAACUGGAAGAUAAAAGAAAGCAAGAACAAAUUGCAAAAGAAGCUGAGGAGAGGCGUAAGCAGAACGAAGAAAUGAAGAAGAUAAAAGAAGUGGCCAACUCUCAAGAGGGGGAGAAACACAUUUCUAAAUUAACCAUAAAUGAGAAGUUUGCUGAUCUGUUGAAACCAACAGAGGGUAAAAGUCUUAAACCACCCUGGAAAAAUGAAGGUAAUCUUAGUGGUGUCUCAGAGUCCAGGAGUUCAGAUGCCUUGGUAAAUUACAGAGCUUUGUAUCCAUUUGAAGCAAGGAAUCAUGAUGAGAUGAGCUUUAAUACUGGGGAUAUAAUUCAGGUUGAUGAAAAAACUGUGGGAGAGCCUGGCUGGCUUUAUGGGAGUUUUCAAGGACAUUUUGGUUGGUUUCCUUGCAAUUACGUAGAGAAAAUAGCAGAAGGAGAAAAAUGUUUAUCUCCUAAGAAGGCCUUACUUCCUCCUACAGUAUCUUUAUCUACUACCUCAGCUGCUUCAGAACCACUUUCACCAGGUAAACCUGCAGAAGAGUCUGAAUACCAAAACAUACCUUUUUCUAGCCUGAAUGCUGGCACAGCCUGGCAGCAGAAAUCAGCUUUCACUCGCACUGUGUCCCCCGGAUCCGUUUCACCCGUUCAUGGGCAGGGGCAGCCUGUAGAGAACUUAAAAGCACAAGCACUUUGCUCGUGGACUGCAAAAAAAGAUAACCACUUGAAUUUUUCAAAAAAUGAUAUCAUAACUGUCCUGGAGCAGCAGGAAAACUGGUGGUUUGGGGAGGUGCAUGGAGGAAGAGGUUGGUUUCCAAAAUCAUAUGUCAAGCUCUUACCUGGGAGUGAAAUCAAGAAAGAGGAACCAGAAGCUGUUUAUGCAGCUGUAAACAGAAAGCCUCAUACCCAGUCUUACCCAGCAGGAGAGGAGUAUGUUGCACUUUACUCCUACUCAAGCUCUGAGCCUGGUGACUUGACUUUCACGGAAGGUGAGGAGAUCCUGGUGACCCAGAAGGAAGGGGAGUGGUGGACUGGGAGCAUUAAUGGCAGAACUGGAAUCUUCCCCUCCAACUACGUCAGACCAAAGGAUCAAGAAGCUUCUGGUAAUGCUGGCAAAACUGGAACAGGAAAUAAGAAACCUGAAAUUGCUCAGGUUACUACUGCCUAUGCUGCAUCAGGAGCUGAACAGCUUAGUCUUGCUCCAGGACAGCUAAUACUUAUUCUGAAGAAAAAUGCUAGUGGAUGGUGGCAAGGAGAGUUGCAGGCAAGAGGGAAAAAGAGACAGAAAGGAUGGUUUCCUGCCAGCCAUGUGAAAUUACUGGGUCCAAGCAGCGAAAGAACCACAUCUGCUGCUCCCUCAGUGUGUCAAGUGAUAGCCAUGUACGAUUAUAUGGCAAACAAUGAAGAUGAGCUCAGUUUCUCCAAAGGGCAGCUUAUUAAUGUACUGAGCAAAGAUGAUGCUGACUGGUGGCAAGGAGAAAUCAGUGGUGUGACAGGUCUCUUCCCCUCAAACUACGUGAAGAUGACCACGGAUUCUGAUCCAAGUCAGCAGUGACCCAAUGUUGUCUUCCAGUGUGAAAGCACCUCAGAGACCCACUAUCCAAGUUUGACUAGCGUGGAGGCAGGGUGGCCAGCCCUGCUCACGUGUCUGACACAAGCCUUUUGCUUCGUUUGAACGUUAGAUCCAGUCAAGAAAUUAGGUUUUUGUGGGUUUUCUUAUCAUCUGCAGUUACAGUGGAUUUGUAAAAGCAGAAAGGAUAGUGGGUCUUUGUGUGGCUUUCACUGCUGUUCACUCUUGUUUCCUUUAGUAUUUUCCUUUGGUAUUGGUAAUGGCAGAUCAUUAGCAUGCAUAUCAAGUUAUCGUUUGCAUGGUGGGAUUGCAGACACACAAAGACCCACUAUUGGCACAGUUUAUCAAAGCUGUUUUGAAUGGGCAGUUGUGUUCUUUUAAUGUUGUAAUGUACAUACUUUGCAGAAUUAAAAUGCUCACUGAUUACUGUU